AUGCUCCUCUCAACAUCCUUUUGGCUUCAAGGGCUUUUUGCUUGCUUUGUAGAAGUUUUGGGCCAGCAGAAGCAGCAGGUGCUGGUUGUCCCCGCCAUGGCCAUGGAACUUGAGUACCGAAACACCUUCAUCGACGUGAAGGAGGAGUUCGAGGACAUGGAACUCAUGCCCAGCAGGGCGCGGGCACAGAGCGCGCCGCCGGGGCGCGUGCGCCGCAACAGCUUCAGCCUGGAGGCUGCCAGCGAGGAGGACGCCAUGCGCAGCUACGUGGGCACUCUCUCCCAGAAGACCGCGGACCUCACGAAGAAGCUCCAGCAGGACGAGACGCCCAGCACAGCAUGCGGCUCCAGCCCCAGCAGCACCAUGAGCUCGGAUGCACUGGACUUUGCAGACAGCCCUGUUGGCCAAGAGGGCCCGGAGCACGUAUCCGUCUUGGCAGAGUUCUUCCCGCUGCUGUCCAGCCAGGGCAGCCUUGCGCACCCGGAGGUGUGCCGGCGCCCCUGCAUCUACUUCAUCGCGGGGCAUUGUGAGAACGGCCGUGGGUGUGCCUACUGCCACAUGGAGCACACGGAGAAGACGCCCAAGCUCGACAAGAGGCAGCGCACCAUCAUCCAAGGCCUUAGCCGGCCACAGUUGCUGGAGCUGGUGAUGCACUUCUGCCACAUCAAAGCCGAGCAGGCGGGCUUCCUCGAAGAGGCCAGGGAGAUUUUGGGGCUACUGGCCCAGGAGUCCGCAGGUGCACGGCCUUUGGGCCAGGUCGUGGCGGACCGCGACCUCCGCAACCUCCACAAGACACUCAUGCGGAUGAACUUCUCCAACUUGAUCGGCCUGGUGACGCACCAGUCCGCCAACCGAGUGGGGAACGCCACGCCGAGCGCCGACCUCCUGGCCGCGUCCUUGGAGCGACUCCGCCUGCACUUCCUGCCGGCCCACGCAUGA